AUGAUACUACUUGCGGGUCUUGCACUUCAGAAAGCGACGCAGUAUCUUCAACUUCUCCAAAUACUUGCUCACCUAAAUGCACAGUUGGCUCAAAUGGCUGCGCAACUUGCACAGAUGACACAACUUGCGGAUCUUGCACUUCAGAAAGUGAUGCAGUAUCUUCAACAUCUCCAAACACUUGCUCACCUAAAUGCACAGCUGGCUCAAAUGGCUGCGCAACUUGCUCAGAUACUACUACUUGUGGAUCUUGCACAUCAGAAAGUGACGCAGUAUCUUCAACAUCUCCAAGCACUUGCUCACCUAAAUGCACAGCUGGCUCAAAUGGCUGCGCAACUUGCACAGAUAGCACUACUUGCGGGUCUUGCACUUCAGAAAGCGAUAUAG